AAGCAAGAACAUAUAUGCGAGUGACUGAGUCGCACCAUUGACCAACCAUCGGCAGUCACAAGAAGUCAGCAGAGACCAAGUGAGACGACACAGAGCGAGCAACAGAGAGACAUAGCGAUGGCUUGGUGUGCUGCGAGGAGCUUACACUUGCCGACAAUCGACUUGGGCGCAUUGCGCACCCGGGCUCCGUUAGCCGUGGGCGUGGGCUUUGCUUCGGCGGCUGGCUCCACUUUUUGGCGAUCCUCGGCUUCAUCGAAGCCCUCUUCGCGCUUCGCUUGCUUAGCCAUUUCCACUGACGCUCGAAUCAAGGAAGCUGUUCACACAGACAAGGCCCCAGCUGCAUUGGGACCCUAUUCUCAGGCCAUCAAAGCCAACAACUUUGUCCAUGUGUCUGGUGUUCUUGGUCUGAUUCCCGAGACUGGGAAGUUCAUAUCUGAGAAUGUUGAAGAUCAGACAGAGCAGGUUCUAAAAAAUAUGGGGGAAAUACUGAAAGCAAGUGGCGCCAACUAUUCUUCUGUGGUUAAAACAACAAUUCUGUUGGCUGACUUGAAAGACUUCAAGAAAGUCAAUGAGAUCUAUGCUAAAUAUUUUCCGUCACCAGCCCCAGCUCGUUCAACAUUUCAGGUAGCGGCAUUGCCGUUGGAUGCCAAGAUUGAAAUUGAGUGCAUUGCAGCACUGUAACCUCCUAAAUAUAAAAUUUCUUAGCAGAAACUUAGAUAAUAAUGAAGGAGGUGGCAUCUUUGAACGUUGAGUUUGACUUGUUUAUUUCCACCCCUUACACAUUGUACCAUCGUUUCUGUAAAAGCACAGCUUAGUAUUUUGAUAUUAAGAUGGAACUUUUCACCCUGUCAAA